AUGGACAAGACAGACAGUACAGAGAACAUGGAUGAUACAAAAGACACACGUAGAGUGGCCGAUCCUAAAUACGGCAUAUACCCAGAGAGAUAUGAUAUUGGUGAUGACCAAAAUCUUGACACAUUUUGUGCCGUGUGCGGCGUCCCAUUGAGAGUGAUGGCGGAGGUACUAGAGAUUGAGAAAGAAAAAUACAACUGGUGCUUAGAUGGAAUUGCCAUCCGCCCAGCUUCACUCCAGUGGGAUACAGAUUUUGACACCCCAUUCAUACAUGAUACGGAUCUAGAUAGAGACUGGGAGACGGAAAGAUAUUACGCCAACAGAAAGCCCCUAGAAAUCCUUGCUAUACAAGGUACAGUGCUCCCUAAAUCAUUGCACUAUUCAAUUGCAAAUCUACACUUAAAGAAAGAGGAAUUCGAAUUCUAUCAAUGGGAGGAGUUGGACAAGGACGUGAACAAGAAAAUGCUUUAUCAGAAAUGGAUAAUGUUCCCUGGGUCGGAAUACAUAUGA